AUGCACGCAGUUGGUGAUUCCAUCGACUGCAAGCACAGUGAUAAUGUCACACCCGACUUUGGCAACGACGGAUACACGUACCUUUUGCAAUAUCAAUUCAAUGAACUGGAUGAAUCGGAGAUGCUUGAUAACUUCUUCUUCAAGUCCAGUGAAGACGUGAAUCAUUUGAACAAGCGAACGUUGAAUGCGGUGUGGAAUACUACUAAAUCCUACGAUGAGCGAUUAUAUCAAUUGUGCAUGAUGAUUCGAGGCGAUUGGUUCUGCAACAACCAAAACGUGUGGAAUCUCGCUGGAUUCUUUGCUCGUCAACGUCAUUCUGAUUGGUAUUUGAUGCGCAAGACCUAUCUCUGUGUGCUCAAACAAAAAGUAGAGCGUUUCAACAAGGAGUUUGCUACCAAAGAAUUCGAUGGUUGGUUUGAUUCCAAGUAUAAUCCAUCACUGAACGAAGGCAAACUGAAAGGGAUUGCUGCUGGUUGUGAUUCUGCUGCAUACAAGCAAUGGAAGGAUGAAUACGAAGUCAAGGAGCCAAUGAAAACAUCCACUUCGAAGAUGUUUGAGCUUUCUACACUUGAUCAAGAUUUCGAAUUGACAUUCAAGUCUGAGCGGAAGUUGGCAACGCUAACUCAGCUGGUGGAAUUAACUGGUCGAAUAAUUGAUGACAUGCGUUCAGCCAUGGUUGAUACAUCAUUUGAGAUCGAUGAGCGUGAGUAUUGGGCGGAGAAGUAUCUAGUGAUCGAGAACAAGCCCAAUCGUGACUUUGAUUUAAAUUUCAGUACUUUGGAGAAGAUGUUGAAACCUACCAGCUUCGAGUCUCUUCAUUUGCUGAAACGAUUUGUGCUCUACUUCAUCCACGUGUUCUACGUCUUUGAAGGAUCUGAUAUCACCUACUGCAAGCGUAAGCCAACAGAGGACGAUAAUUCUGUGAUCAAGGCAUAUGAUCCAAAGAACUUCUUCAAGGUGCAAAUUCAGUUCAUUGAAAACAAGAAGCCACGUCCCACCAAGCUGUCUGACCUUUUGUGA